AUCAAAUUUUGGUUUAGCCUCCCAAAUUUGAAUUUAUUGUUAACUUUGUUUGACUAUUGACUUCAACUUUCGGGAAUUAUUAACCUAUUCAUUGAAUCCAUCCAUUGUUCAAUUGGGUAGUCUUUGCUUUUUAAGUUAUAUAUUGGUCCAUGUUAAAAAAAAAAAAAAAAAAAAGUACUCCGUUGAUCUCUCGAUCUCAAACAUGGCUGAAGUAAAGCUGCUCGGAACAUGGGUUAGUCCUUACACUUGCAGAGUCAAAUGGGCUUUGAAAUUGAAAGGAAUAACGUUUGACUAUGUUGAAGAAGAUCUCUGCAAUAAGAGUGCUUUGCUUCUCCAGCAUAACCCCAUUCACAAGAGGGUACCAGUUUUCUUCCAUCGUAGAAAAUCCAUUUGCGAGUCAAUGGUUAUUCUUGAAUACAUUGAAGAGAUAUGGCCACAGAAUUCCUUGCUGCCAAGUGAUCCUUAUGAGAGAGCCAUCGCUCGAUUUUGGGUGAAGUUUGCUGAAGAUAAGGGCCCAGCAAUGUGGAUGGUUGAUCGAGGACAGGAAAAAGCUGAGAAAGAGAGCUUGGAGAUGCUAAAAAUCAUUGAAGAAAAAGCACUCGGAGAGAAGAAGUUCUUUGGAGGGGACAAGAUUAACAUGGUGGAUAUAGUGUUUGGACUCGCUCACUGGUUGGGAGGGGAGAAAUUACUUGAAGCUCAUAAGCUCCAUGGCCUGCAGGCAUGGCUCAAAAAUUUCAAGCAAGUUCCCGUCAUCAAAGAAAACCUCCCUGACCUUGAUUGCAUGUUUGCUUACUUAAGGCAUCAAAGGGAAAUGUCACCUGUAAUUAAUUAAUUAAUUAAUAGAAAGGCGAAGUGGAAAUGAAAGAGUUGAGGUGUGCAAGGAGAUAACCCAAAACUGAAAAAUAUCUAGAUAUUUCUGUUUGUUAAAGCCCCUUUAAAAAAAGACACGUGUUUUUUUAAAUAACUGUGAUUUUUUUGUUUUCAUAAUUGACAAGAAGAAGGACGUAGUGAAGUUUCCUUCGACUCGUACAAAACCAAUUAAUACCGAGUAUGUGAUACAAUUAAAUUCAGGACACUCGAAUCAAUAACCUUGGUCAUAUCUGAGCACAAAAAGAGCUAUUUAAAAAUUCCUGCAACGCUAUUAAACUCAAUCUAAUUCAAUUUUGAUUAAGCAUUAAUUUAGUAUUUGUG